AUGGAGCUCGAAGAGGCUUCUCAAAGUACUGUGGACCCAGAAGUCCGGGCGUAUGUUUACAGUCUUGUCUCCGCCCUUGGUGGGACGGCGGCCGACGAAGACGGCCGCUAUGUGCUUGGAGACGACGCGUUGGCAUGUCUCAAGGAUCUCAGGAAGUGGUUGAAACUACACGAUGAGAAGGCAAACCGAUUGGAUGUGGCAAGGUGUCUUGCGGAAGCGAAUCUGGUCAAAGGAGAUUUACUGGAGAUCCUGUCAGCGUGGCCAGACUCAGCAACGGAAGACAAGAUCAAGUCAAAGAUUGCGCUGGCAUGUCUGGAACUGCUGGUACCCUUGACAUGGCCAAUUGAGAAGAACGACAUUCAGAUGACUGUGAACCACCAUCGCCAUGUACCAUACCUUCAACUAGCACAGACAUCAUACAAGCGCGCAAUACUCGAACAUGAGUCCGCGACAGUGCUGCGAACAACGGUGCGCAUUGGUCUGCCCUCGAUCGCUCUUCCAAUGGGUGAGCGAAGCUCUCGUGAUGAAGGAAUCAUCAAGCUUCUCUUGUACUUCUUCAGAAACGUUGCCAUGAUCUCUCCGCCGCAGAACCUGCCAAACGAAGGUAAGGAUGGCGAAGUUUCAAGAUCUGCUACCGUCGAGGCCUUCCACCGCCAGGAUGUCCUUGCUUUACUUCUCACAAUCUCUUCGAACAUGGGCGAAGACUUCAAUACACAAGAUACGGUUAUUAUGGAGGUGCUCUUCCAUCUCCUUAAAGGCGUGGACGUGGAGAAGCUAUUCAUGGACAAGAAACAAUUCAAGUCCAGGAACGAAGAUGAACUUAAGUCCUUGUUGGCACAAGAAGCUGGCAUGCAUAGAAGCUACGCAAAGAACGCCCCCACAAGACACAACCGAUUUGGAACCAUGAUCUGGGUCAAACGUGACGACGCAGGGAAAGUCUCCACAGUGUCGGGCCAGGACGUAUUGAAGGACAGUCAGCAAGCCCUGUCAAAGAUGGACCAGACAAAGAAAUGGAACAAGCCCAAGCAGCGAGUCAAGAACGAAGAGCCAGCUUACGACCGCUUUGACAUGCCAGUGCCAUUGACGGAAUCUGCGAGUACUCAUCUCCGUGCCUUUGUGGAAGAAUUUCUCGAUUCCGGCUUCAACCCUUUGUUCAACCACAUUCGAAAGGCCAUCGAACGAGAAGCCGAGCGGGUGCUUGAGGCCCAGCAGCAACAAUUCUUCUACCUGGUCUCCUGGUUCCUCGAAGCUGAACGUGUGCGGCGCAGGAAGAAGAAAGAAGCAAAGAAGAGAACAAGGGACAAGAAGCUGGAAGAGACCUUCGAGGCCGACAGCUUCGCACUAAUAGCCACUGUUCUGAAUCAGGAAUCUUUCAUCCUUCUCAACCGUUUCAUGCAAGAUCGUCUGGAUUUAAAGUCAUGGCGAGAGGUCCAAGCAGGUAUGCGAUGCUUUACCCAAAUUCUCCUGAUUGUCCAAGACAUGGCGGAGUCACCGCUUGAGGAAGACCAGGAAAUUGCAGAGAACAUACAAAACCGUAUCUUCUACGAAGAGACAACGCAUGACAGAAUCAUCGCUAUCCUCCGUGGCUACAAAGAUCAAGGCUUCGGAUACCUAGACUCCUGCACCGAGCUCUCACACGUCUUCCUACGCAUACUUGAACGCUACUCUCGAGAGAAUGUCGACCUGCAAGUGCGAUCACGUCGGAGGGCGCGAAAAUCAAAGAAAGCUACUGUAAAACAGCGUCAACAGACUGAUGGAGAUGACGAAGAUGAAGCCUCUGAGAUGGAAGAUGUCGCCGAAGCGGAGCGAGUGUCUCGGGAACGCAAGUUCGACUUCACACGCUUCUCCACCAAAUUCAUGACUCAAGCCUGCAUAGAUACUUUCGUCUCCUUCACCAAAUACUAUACCGAUCUGGACACCGAGCAGUUAAAACGUGCUCAUCGAUUUUUCUACCGCGUUGCCUUCAAGCAGGAUCUCAGCGUCAUGCUCUUCCGACUCGACAUCAUUGCUUUGUUCAAUAAGAUGAUUAAGGGACCUGAGGGUCUUGACUCAGCUGGACCAAUGUUCAGGGAAUGGGAUGAGCUGGUAAGGCAACUGGUCAAGAAGAUGAUCAAGAAGCUCGAGCAGAGACCAGAGUUAGCAGUCGAACUGCUCUUCAGCAAAAUCAACUCCACGACCUACUACCUCGAAUACGGCUAUGACAAGCAGACCACUUCCUCCAAACCCAGACCACCAGCUGCCCUAGAAGUGCGAGGGUCGAUGACCACCGAAGAGCAGAUCGGCGUCAUAGUAGCAGUUCUUUACGACAACAAAAUUGAUCAGGUCGACUGGGUGUCCAGAACGCUCUCCUCCGCAGCCGAGGAGCGUCAAUCCUGGGAAUCUGAAGCCUUAGCUCGGCAAACUCAAUCCCAAUCCCGCCCUGAGCCCGGCUCAGAAAUACCAGCAGACCAGGCCGAGACCACCUCCAAAGCGCCCUCAAUAAUCGUCACACCAGACACCGACUCUCUUCGCACCGCCAUCUUCAAAGAAGCCAGACUCCGUCUCCUGAUGACCCUCUCUGGCAUGGAACGUUUGGGCAUCGAAGACGAGCUCAACGCUACCUGGAUUAUCCCUUCUUCUCUCACCUCUGCAGAACUCCGCCAUACGCACGAAACAAUAGAGCAACACCGCAAGAACCCCGUCUUCGAAUACGGUGACGAUGACCCCUUGUCAGCCGAAGAACUGCUUCACCGUAAGCCUGCCGAAAAAGGUAAGAAAGCAGAGUACGACGAUGACUCCGAGGGCGACGGUAUCGUCAGCGAUAAUGACGCAGAGAACGAGUUCCUCUUUCCCUUCAGCGGUCCCGUCGACAGACCCAAUGCUCAUCACAGGGCCCUCGACGCACUCAAAGCCAAGCGCCGAAAGCGCCGUCACUCUGACCCUAUGGAACUCGACGACGAGACUCUAGAAGCAAGACGCAAAGCGAGGGACAAAGCGGACCGGGAGAAGGCGAGGAAAGUCAAGAGUGCUGAGUUCAUAAGGGACAGCGAUGAUGAAAGCGAUGAAGAGCGUGAUCGAGCAUUCUUUGCAAGGGAGGAGAUGCGAAGAGGGGGGCAGAGGGAGAAAAUUAGGGAGGCCUUUGCGGCGGGGAGGGUGAAGAAGAAUAUUGAAGGUGAGGCUGUGAAACCUGCAGCAAGAAGCACGAAAGCGAGCAGGAAGAGGAAGAGUGCUGGUGGUAGGGGAGAAAGCGGGAGGAAGAGGAGGAAGGAGGAUAGUGGCUCGAGCGAUGACGGAAGUGACAAUGACGAGAACAUGGCUACGGACAAUGGUUCUUCCUCACCAGCUCGCCGUGCCGAGUCAAUUUCAAGUGCAGAAAGUGAGGACAAAGUCACACCGCUAUCCUCGCCUCCGCUUGUUGGUCUAUCCUUAUCAUCGAACGGAGCCGGAGAUCCAGUACAUCUCGAGUCUUCCCCCUCUGAAGAGGGCGCCGCAAAGGUUCCUGCAAUGGCUUUGGAUGCAAGGGAUGGGGAGGAGAACGGAGAGAAUGAGGAAGAUGAGGAAGAUGACAUCUGGAUAUCCACAGCUAGGAGAAGGGGGCGGGUUGCAGUGCUGGAGGAUAGUGAUGAUGAAUAA